CUGUUUUGUUCUUUGCUAAAAGCCGUGAAUUAGUGGAACAGCGUUCGGCACAAAUAUUUAUUGGGAAGAGACUCUUGGGGAGAGAUCUGAUAGCUGGUAUCCUCAACAAUUUUCCGAGUCUUUCAGUUAUUCAGGAAAACCUUGUGAUCGCCGUGAAUCAAAAUUACAUCGAAAAGGAGUCAGAAAUUAUUCUUAACGGAGGCGAAGAAGUCGCAGUUAUCCCACCGAUUAGUGGUGGCUGAAAUGAAAGAAGAAAGUAAAGGAAAGGCACACAGUUUACACAUGGCAGAUGAUACAAUCGUUAUAACACCAGAUCACCUUCAUGUUGAUCAGGUUUCAGAAAUUGUUGGUGCUCCAAGUGCUGGAGCAAUCUCACUGUUUGUAGGGACCACAAGAGAUAAUUUUGAAGGAAAAACAGUAGUACGCUUGGAAUAUGAAGCAUACAUACCUAUGGCUAGGUCAGAGAUGCGCAAGAUCUGUAAGCAAGUGCGAGAAAAAUGGGAUGUGAUCAAAAUAGCCAUCUUUCAUAGAAUUGGGGUGGUACCCAUUGGAGAAGCCAGUGUGAUUAUUGCUGUUUCAUCAGCUCACAGGAUGAAUUCUCUUGAAGCUGUACAAUACUGCAUAGAUACUUUAAAAGCAACAGUACCAAUUUGGAAAAAGGAAGUCUAUGAACAAGGUGAACCAAGUUGGAAAGAGAACUCAGAAUGCUUCUGGGCAAAGAAAGUUGGGUCAUCGAAACAGUCUACAGUGUAACAAAGAACAGGCAAGCCAUCUGCUAAAAUAACCUGGCAUGUCAUCACCAUUAAUUACAAAGAUGUUUGCAAUCAAGAGUUCUUCCAUCCUCACCUAAAACUCAACUCUUCAACCCACACAUCACAAUGGAUGUUCAUUUUACUAAUAAUUUAUGCAAGACUUUGAUUUAGUUCACCAAUGUCUUCACUGACCAAUGUCAAAUCUUCAUUUCGCAGUCAAUUUAUUGCACUGCAUGAACAAACAGUUAUGAGUGUAAUAAGUACAAGCAAAAUGUAACAAUUAGUGUAUAGAUGUCUUAUGCAAAGGUGCAUUGUAUGCUAGAGAGAAGCAAAUAUUUUAAAAUGACAUACAGUAGAAUGUAAUAAUAAAUAUGACAUUAAUGA